CUUGAGGCCCGGUUAUGCGAGCCACUCCACGCUGACAUGGCCACCGAUGCCACCGGUACAGGUCUUUUCGAAGACCUUCUUCCUCCGCUUCAUGAGGUGUCGCCGCAAGAUCAUGGCGCAUAUAUCCUCAUCGCUGCUGUCAUCUUCAUGAUCCUUUCCGGACUGACGACCGUGGUCAAGUUGUAUGCGACGGCGCAUACGUUUCGCAGGCUCCGCGUGGACGAUGUCGCCCUCGUCGCUGCAUUGGUCUUCGCGCUGCUGUAUACUGUCGUCACAUGUGAAAGCGUCAAACAUGGACUGGGACGCAGUGCUGAGAACUUGACUGUUGCCCAAACGCGCUCCGCUGGCCAGUAUUUCCUCGCCGCCAACGUGCUAUCAUACCCGUCGCUGGCGUCGUCCAAAUGCUCAGUGGCCUUUUUGGUCAUAUCCAUACAGCCGAGGCGAUGGAUCGUGACCAGCUUAUAUGGACUGUGUGCAGUGGUCGUGGUGUGGGCCAUUGUCGCGAUAUGUGUGACCGCACUGCAAUGUGGACCCGAUCGCUGGGUGCUUGGGCCAGAUAGCGAUAAUACCUGCAUCGAUCAGUACGCCGCACAGCUCGCCUUGAGUCUGGUCGACAUCUUCACCGAUGUGGGCCUCGUGAUCCUCCCGGUCGUCAUGGUUGCGAGUGUGCAGUUCUCCAUCUGGAAACGGUUCAUCGUGAGUUUCAUGUUUGGACUGCGCAUCUUGGUGCCCGUCUUCAUUGCCAUCAAUCUUGCUUAUCAAGCCCGCUUCUAUGAAAAGCCCACGCCUGAUCGGACCUUUGCGGCAGUGAUGCCAUCCGUCUGGACCUCAAUCGCCCUCCAUCUCUCUCUGAUCACCGCCUGUCUACCAGCACUGAAGCGCUUCCUGCUGGACUUUGGCGCCGGCGUCGCGAAUGGCUUGAUGGGUGAGGCUUUCGAACUCCAGCAAGGCCAUAUGACCAAACAGAGCCAGGGACACAGUUCCAUGCGUGAUAGUCGUCCGCCACAUGGGGCUCGACCGCAUCUCUUCUCACGCAGCUCGAGAUCGAGAGUGGAGAGUAAUACGCGUCGUUCGGAUGGAAAAUCUGGAGGCACAGCGGAUCGCACGUCAGGCGAGCUCAGAGCGAGCGCCGAAGGCUCAACAGACGGCAUCCUCCAGACGAGAGACUAUCAAGUGCGAUAUGAGGCCGAAGAUCUGAUCGGGACAGCUCAAUGAGGUCCUGCAUACAUGUACCUAGCCUUCCCACCCAGAAAAUUACCUGUAUUCUCCAGCGUAUUCGUAGAAAAGAUGGAAGUGAUGCCAUUGUCCGACAGGUGUCUCCCUACCUGGUACAUAGGUAGUUCGGGAAGUAGGAGGAACCUGAAUCCCGCCACUGUUGCCAUAGACAGUGCUCGUUCCUUCUCAUGUUGUACUUGAGUUCGAC